AUGGUAAAAUCUGACUACCCUCCGUGUUUGCAAGUGGGAGACGAACUCGGAGCAAAGUAUCGCGCGUGCUACUAUGCUGCCAAAAUCGUCCAUGUGCAGCGCCGUGUUAUGGUCAACGUUCUGGUCGACGGUGAACCGGAAGAGAGAAUGACCGAGAUUUCGAAUUUGAAGUUCGUUUUUGCUGCUCCGGGUGAUGUGAGUUCAAACCACGAAGUUAUGUGAAGUUUAAAGUGUCAGCCUGAACAUCUUCCAGAAAGCGUCGCUCAAACUGCUCGACGACAAAGAGGUUCCAUGUGUGAUCCGGUGUGUAAAGGACUGGAGCAAGUACACCGUCUGUAAGUUGAUCGUUUUGGUCCCUACGGUAGCUGAUGUUUUAGUGUUCGAAGACGGCCUCCAAAAAGUGGUCUAUAGAAACGCACUCUCGCAGAACGUUCUCAAUAGAAACGUUUUUGAGAAACCGCAGGGUGAAGCAAGCAAGUUAGUUUGAAUCCGGGCUGGAUAAAAAGCCUGCCGAGGCCCGGGCCCACUUGUAAUAAUUAGAUCGGACCUAAACUUUGCAGGCUUCUUUGACUUGAAUUGAAAUAGUUUAGUAUCAAGUUUCAGACAGAUCGGACAGUUUAUGUACUUUUGGGAUAUGUGAAUGUGAUGCUGAAAAGGCGGGGGUUUUCCAAAACUUGCGAUCUUUUCGGUUCUUGAUACACGUAUCUCUACAGUAAACAAUCCGAUCGGAUCAAAAUUUGGCCCAUGAUACUUACAUCCAAAUCUAAGAAACCUGCAAAACUCUGUUUGAGCGGAUUGUUGCAUGUGGGUCAAAAUCCAAGGCCUUGGCAGUCCUCCAAAUAUCCUGGCCGAUCUUCUGUUUAGCUCUCGUUCAAAAUAGAUUUUGAAGAAAAAGUGAUAUGUGUUUAUCUUUCAGCACUUUUCUUUCAGCACAAUCCCCCCCGCAACGACUGAAUCAGAAUGA